AUGGCGACCUCCACCACCACUCCACUCGUCGUCUCCUCCUCUCGCAGCUGCCUCUCCCCCUAUCCACACUGCCACCCCCGCCACUUCCCCGGCAAGCCCAAGCCCAAGCUGCCCCCACCCACCACCUCCUGCUCCCUCUCCCUCUGCCUUUACCUCCGGACCGGCCCCCUCGCCGCCCUGCCGCGGCGCCCGCGCGACGUGUCGGCGGCGUACGGCGACGGCGACAUGGACGACGACUUCGGCGACUUCGACCCGGACGACGCGGACGGGGUCGGCGAGGACGACGACGUAGACAACGAGCAGGACUACGACGUCGACUACGACCGCCUCCUCGCCCCCGUCGUCAAGCCGCCGCCGUCGUUGGGGCCGUCGACGGCGGCGCCUGGGGAGGAGGGCGACAUCGCCAUGGUCGCCGCCGACAGCUUCGUCUCCACGCGGGACUCCGCGUCCGAUACUGUUGUUGACUACGCUGUGGAUGAGGACGAGUUCCACAAGAUAAGGCUUCUCCACUGUGACUUCCUUAUCCGCAAGGUGCCCGACCCCGACGACGACGUCUUCGACUUCAGAGAGAUGUAUGUCACGCCGCCGGAUACCGAUAUCUAUUCCAUUCCGAGGGUUCUUGCCCCGAUGCCGCAGAAGUACGUGAGGUGCACGAAGAAAAACUUUGGCCGUUACCACGUGAGCGAGCCACCAGUUGAGCACUUGCGUGAUCCCCUGUACAAGACAGAGAGGGAGAUCAUGAAGGUUUUCUUAACCAAACACUACAGAAACAGGCGCUCUGAUGACCCAGAUUUUUUCCUUGAUUUUGAGGAGAUUUAUGUUAUUGACUCGAAAACAAGGUCAAUCACAAGAGCUAAAGUUGUGGUUAGUGUUCCUGAAGGAAAGAAAAGAGAUAGGCGGAAUGAUCUGCUACUGAUACGUGAUGGAGGGGAAUCUUUUAGAAUUAUCGACAAGACUAAAAGGGACGACGCAGCCACUGUCAUCCAAAGAGAAGAGUGGGCAAAGUCAAGACAAGACGUGGAGAAGCAUUUCAGGAAGCUUAGAGACUUUGACUACUCGAAUUGGUUCUAG